CACCCUUUUAGUACACAGGCUCUUAUGGAAGUAUUUUUUCAAAGUAAUUUUUGUCUUAACUGGAUUGCAAUUUCGACCAAAGAAAAAUAGUGAAAAAUACUACAUAAUUCAGGGCAUCCCCUAACAUGUCAAAGUUCUAUAAGAAGUGUGUUGUCAAAGGGUGUCCUAACAAUGGAAUAGGAGAUAAGUCAGUUGGCGUACGGUUCUUUGGUAUUCCUGUCUCUCCAGACAACAGAUAUCCAUCGGACUCAAUAAUUAUUCAGCAAAGAAGAGAACUCUGGUUAGCUAGGUUAAACAUCAAUGAUGCUAACAUCAAAACAAAACCCUUGGUGUGUAAUCUUCAUUUUGCAUCUGGAAAACCAAGCUACUAUUUACAGAAAAAUCACCCAGAUUGGGCUCCUUCAGUAUCACUGAACAAAGCUAUCACAGAUAGCACUCGUUUACAAAGAAGAGUGUUGUAUACCUACAACAGAGAGGCUAUGUUUAUGAACACUUUAGCAAACUAUACCCAACCCAAGGAGGAAGAUAAUAGCAACAAUACGAUACACAGUCCUCAUCCCUUUGAAGUUAAUGAAAAUCUGAAUUCAAGUGAAGUUCUACUUGCUGAAGAACUUCAAGAUUCUCCAAUGGACCUGUCAACAUCGAAACCGUGCCACAGCCUGGUCGACGAAGAACCGUCAUCAAGUGAACACUCACCACAAUUGGUGAGUGAGUUGCAAAAAGAAAUCGAAAAGUUAACAGCACAACUUGAAAAAAUGAAUGCAGAGUACGUCUCACUGAAGAAAGAAUUUGCUAUGUAUUGUAACAGACCAAUCCCUACUAACACAUAGGAUCCAAAUAACAUAACAUGAAUGUACUUCCAUCCGUUUUCCAUACUCAUCCGUGUGGGAUGGCUACGGUUUAUAACAUAAAUGUACAAAAUUGAACGAAAUAAAAUAAAUAACGUACAUUCUA